AUGGCGUCCAAUGCUUUGGCUGGCUCAUGGACAUCCUUACCUACCCCCUUGACUUCAUGGAUUGUCGAAGUAAUUGACUCACUAGGAUUCACACAAAUGACACCAGUCCAGGCGUCCACCAUCCCACUGUUCAUGAAGCACAAGGAUGUCGUAGUCGAAGCGGUGACAGGAAGUGGGAAGACUCUGAGCUUUGUUAUCCCCAUCAUUGAGAGACUCGUACGAAGGGAGAAGCGAUUGCGAAGGUCGGAAGUCGGGGCACUUGUCAUUAGCCCAACUCGAGAGCUUGCAUCACAAAUACACUCUGUCUUUGAACUCUUCCUCAACUCACAGCCCAAGAAUGCAUCCUCUGGGACUGACGAAGAUAAUCCGGAAUCUCGAGACGAUUUACUUCCACCUCCUUUACUCUUAACUUCAUCAGCAGACUCGUCUCCUGCUGAAGAUGUCAGGCGGUUCCUGGACACGGGUGCUGAUAUAGUCAUUGGGACACCAGGACGCAUCGAAGAAUUUCUUCUUGGGAAAGGUCGUGAUGUUGUGAAUGUGAAGGAGCUCGAGGUGCUAGUGCUCGACGAAGCUGACAGGUUACUGGAUCUUGGUUUCACUCAAUGCUUGACCCGCAUUCUCGCAGCUUUACCGAAGCAAAGACGUACAGGAUUAUUUAGCGCGACUAUGACGGAUGCGUUAUCCGAACUUGUCCGUGUCGGCCUGAGGAAUCCAGUCCGCGUCGUGGUGAAAGUCGAGGCAAAGAAAACCAAAGACGGUAAACGUAUAAGAGAGAAGGUAGAAGAACGACGAGUUCCGGCUACUCUUCAGAAUUUUUACAUCCAAUGUAGACCAUCAGAGAAGAUGGUACAACUAACGCGGAUCAUAAAGCGCGAGACUGAUGAAGCUGCAUCGUCUCGGUUUAUCGUUUAUUUCGCAACGUGCGCUUGUGUAGAUUAUUUCUUUCGGAUACUUCCGCCUUUACUCCCAUCUGUCUCUUUCUUCUCCCUUCAUGGACAUAUUCCUCCGGCAAAACGCACCUUAUCACUUCGUUCAUUCAGUACACACGCGUCAACUCCUUCCUCGCCUGCUGUUCUGCUUUGUACGGAUGUCGCAGCACGUGGACUCGACUUGCCGGACGUUGACUGCGUCAUUCAAUUCGACCCUCCAGUAGAUCCCAAGCAGUUUAGUCACAGAUGUGGGAGGACAGCGAGAGCAGGGAAAGAUGGCAGGGCUUGGGUAUUGCUCAGUGAGGAAGAACUUGGAUACGUUGAUUUCCUCUCCAUACGCAAAAUACCACUGAAGGAGCAGCCACGAUUACCGCAUCCAGACUCACAAGCAUCCGUUGAUGAUGAGGAAGAUCCGGAAGUUGAUAACAUGUUGAGCAAAAUGAGGGCAGUAGUUCGCAAGGACAGGGAUUUGCAUGACAGAGGUGUUAAGGCCUUCGUCUCCUUCGUUCGCUCAUAUUCAAAACAUGAAGCAUCAUACAUUUUCCGAUUACAAGAUCUCGAUCUAGUCGGUGUUGCGAAGUCGUUUGGGCUUUUACGGCUUCCGAGAAUGCCUGAGCUAAAGGACGUUGUGGGGGACAGCUGGCAGGACGAUGAUAUCGAGUGGGACACGUACGCGUAUACUGACAAGGCGCGUGAAGCACAACGUUUAGCUACGUUGGCUAAAAGCACCUCAGCAGAGGUCCACGCGCGUCGUGAGCAAGACAAAAGGAAACGCGCAGAGCAGAAGCAGAAGAACGCCGCUUGGAGUAAGGAGACUGCCAAGCAGGCGGAAAGAGAGAAGAGGAAGGAGAAAAAGGCUCGGAAACGAGAUUGGCUGAAGAGCCAGAAGUCUACCGUGCAUUUUGCGGAGACAGACUCGACGGCGGGCGCGAAGCGGAGUAAGACUGGGGCUGAUUCGGAUGCGGAUGACUGGGACGAACUGGCGCGAGAGGAACGGAUGGCGAAGAAAGUGAAGAAGGGAGCAUUAGAUAGCAAGGCGUUCGAUGAAGAGUUUGUAGAUCUUUGAUUUUAUUAUUAUCAUUAUGUGGCUUCUAUACACUUGUAAUUGUGGUGGUAACGGUGCUCCGAGUUGACCAAAUAUUAGAACAAAAUGGGCCAAUUCGGAAUGAUCGGAUGCAGCACAAAUAAUCAAUUAGGUGGCGUGAAUGUCUACGCCAGUCUGCGUAUGAUGUGCCCGAAAAAUAAAAAGACAAGAACGCCCAGAUACGAACUCCUACGCCGUCGGCGGUUCCGGACUUCGCGGGUUUGUCUGAUUCAGAUCUACCAGCCCAAAGUACCGACUCCGGCCAAGGUUUGACUCAUCUCGAGGCAAUUUCUCUCCACGAUUGAGAACGACGCCGACAUAUCGACGUUCGCCAUUCAUCCAUUUUUUAGUGUAAAACCGAACAAAGCCUGGUGCAAGUGCAAAGAUAGUGUGAUCACGACCCAUUCCAACAUGCUGGCCAGGAUGGAAUUGCGUCCCUCGUUGUCGAACGAUGAUAUUACCUGGGAUGACUGCUUGGUCAGAAAACUUCUUCACACCAAGACGUUUGCCUGGCGAAUGUCCAUGGUUGCGGACGGUGCCUCCAGCACGUUUAGUGGCAGUCCUGACUGAGCCAAGGCCUGCACGAGUAAAUGUAAUUAUUGUUCUGUUUUACAGAUUUGAUGAACAAGAUAACAUACCGAAUAGAGAGAAUGGGCCAUGAGGCCGUUCGGUGAGGCCGCGCAAAGCAGAC